AUGUACCGAGACGUCUCCAGCUGCAACACCUACAACUACGGUGACGCGCUCUACUGGGACGCGCGCUACGUGCAGGAGACCGGUUCCUUCGACUGGUACCAGCGUUACUCUGCUCUCCGUCCUUUUGUUCGCAAGUACAUCCCUACCUCUUCGCGUAUUCUCAUGGUCGGCUGUGGCAAUGCCCUUAUGUCUGAGGACAUGGUCAAGGAUGGGUAUGAAGACAUAAUGAAUAUUGAUAUUUCUGCAGUGGCCAUUGAGAUGAUGAAGAGAAAAUAUGAGUAUAUCCCUCAGCUAAAAUACAUGCAAUUGGAUGUUAGAGAUAUGAGUUUCUUUCCGGACGAUUCUUUUGAUAGUGUCGUUGAUAAAGGAACUCUUGAUUCUUUGAUGUGUGGCUCCGAUGCUCCUAUUAGUGCGGCUCAAAUGCUGGGUGAAGUGAGCAGGCUUCUUAAACCUGGAGGGAUCUAUAUGUUGAUAACUUAUGGUGAUCCUAAAGUAAGGAUGAUUCAUUUGAACCGCUCGGUAUACAAUUGGAAAAUUUUAUUGUACAUAAUACCUAGACCGGGGUUUGAAAGACUUGAAAGUGGUAGUUCUUCAAUGAAAUCAUAUUUGGAGCCUAUUCCGACCAAUGAGAAUGGCCACCUUCCAGCAGACUUCGUAAUGGACGAUCCCGAUUCUCACUUCAUAUAUGUGUGUAAAAAGAUGGAUGAAAUGGAUCUGAGUAAUAAACCCACCCAUCCAAUGGAAGCCGAUAUUCUAUAG